GGGCGAAGGACUGCGGGAGUGCCGGAGGUAUGGCGUCUCCGUCGCCGUCUUGGAGCCGGCUGGACCGACGGCAAGAACGCGACGUGCGCGAGCUCGUCCGCCUUGUGGCGGGCGUCCAAGACGAGGCGGACCCCAACUUCCAGCUCGCCUUGCACUUCGCUUGGUCCAACUUCAGAUUUCAUCGUUUCUUAGAUGUCAACAGCCACAAAGUAGAAAAGACAAUAGAAGGGAUUUAUGAAAAAUUCAUCAUUCAUUCUGAUCUCAGCAAAGCUGCUAGUUGGAAGAGAUUAACUGAGGAAUUUCUAAAUGCAUCACUUCCAAGCAUGAAGGAAAUCAAGACAGAUGCACAUUAUUCCAUACUGUCACUUCUUCUAUGUCUGUCUGAUUCUCCUUCAAACAGCAAUUAUGUGGAAACACCAAGAGAUAAAGAAGUGGAAAAGAAAGACGAUUUCGACUGGGGAAAAUACUUGAUGGAAGGUGAAGAAAUUGACCUUGGCCCAAAUGUAGACACACCAAAUUGGUCUGAAGAAAGUGAAGAUGAAGAUGAUCAACAGCCUUUAAGCAGAGAGGACUCUGGGAUUCAGGUGGACAGGACACCAUUAGAAGAACAAGAUCAAAACAAAAAGCUGGGACUUCAAGUCAGCUGGAAAGAUGAGUCAGAUGCCCGAAGCUGGCUGGAACAACAUGUGGUCCGUCAGUACUGGACAGUCAGGUCCUCGAGGUUUCCUCAUAGUUUACAUUUGCACUCCAAUCUAGCUGCUGUCUGGGACCAACACUUGUAUACCAGUGACCCAUUAUAUGUUCCAGAUGACAGAGUUUUUGUUACUGAAACGCAGGUUAUUCGGGAAACCCUGUGGUUACUUUCAGGGGUAAAAAAGCUCUUUAUAUUUCAGCUGAUAGAUGGAAAGGUAACUGUGAGGAACAACAUUAUAGUAACUCAUUUGACAAUUAGCUGUUUACGAUCAGUGCUAGAACAAAUAGCAGCAUAUGGCCAGGUUGUGUUUCGACUCCAGGAGUUUAUUGAUGAAAUCAUGGGGCACAGCUCUGAAAGCAUGUUACCUGGAAAUGGUUCCGUUCCUAAGAAGUCGACAGAAGCACCUUUUAGAACAUACCAGGCUUUCAUGUGGGCCCUGUACAAAUACUUCAUUAGUUUCAAAGAGGAACUUACAGAAAUUGAGAAGUGCAUCAUCAAUAAUGAUACUACAAUAACUCUUGCAAUAGUGGUGGACAAGUUGUCACCUCGAUUGGCUCAGCUCAAGGUUCUGCACAAAGUGUUUAGUACUGGAGUAGCAGAAGUUCCACCUGACACUCGAAAUGUUGUUCGAGCAUCUCACCUGCUCAACACCCUGUACAAAGCCAUCCUUGAAUAUGACAAUGUUGGAGAAGCCUCUGAGCAAACUGUCUCCUUGCUGUUCUCGCUCUGGGUGGAGACCGUGCGGCCCUACCUGCAGACUGUAGAUGAGUGGAUCGUGCAUGGGCACCUGUGCGACUGUGCCCGGGAGUUCAUCAUCCAGAGAAACAAGAAUGUUCCGGUAAAUCACAGAGACUUUUGGUAUGCAACUUACACGCUAUACAGUGUAUCGGAAAAGACAGAAAACGAAGAAAAAAUGAGUGAUAACGCUAGUGCGAGUUCUGGCAGUGAUCAAGGGCCCUCCAGCAGGCAGCACACCAUGGUGUCCUUCCUGAAACCCGUCCUUAAGCAGAUCAUAAUGGCUGGCAAGUCAAUGCAGCUGCUGAAGAACCUGCAAUGCAUGGAGAGCACCACGUGCCAAGCCACAGCCAGAGAUGCAGAAAGAAAAAGUCUAUAUACCCUGUUUCUGGAGUCUGUGCAGUCUCGUCUUCGACACGGAGAAGACUCCACUGCGCAGGCCCUCACUGAGCAGCAGGCCACCAGAGAGACCCUCAUUAAGAUGCAGUCCAUUGCCGAGAGGCAUCUUGAACUGGAUGAUGUUCAUGAUCCGCUGCUGGCGAUUAAUUUUGCAAGGUUGUAUUUGGAACAGAGUGACUUUCACGAGAAGUUUGCUGGUGGAGACAUAUGUGUGGAUAGAUCAUCAGAAUCUGUGACUUGCCAGACUUUUGAAUUAACGCUGAGAUCUUGCCUCUAUCCUCAUAUUGACAAACAGUAUCUAGAUUGCUGUGGAAACCUCAUGCGAACUCUAAAAAAAGAUUACAGGUUGGUUGAGUACUUACAGGCCAUGAGGAAUUUCUUCUUAAUGGAAGGGGGGGAUACCAUGUAUGACUUCUACACGUCAAUUUUUGAUAAAAUAAGAGAAAAGGAAACCUGGCAGAAUGUGUCUUUUCUUAAUGUCCAGCUUCAAGAAGCAGUAGGACAGCGUUAUCCUGAAGACAGUUCACGACUGUCCCAUCUUUACCCAGACGGAACUCCUUCACUUGACUCUAGUAAUCUUGGAGAGCAUCUUUGCUUUCAGGACUGGAUGUCUGGACUCAUCUUGUGCACUUCCUGCCCCAGGCUCUGCACCUCUUCCAGGAUCACUGGUCCUGUCUGUUCUGUGGCUUUAAAAGCCCUUGGUCUGUGUCCCAGAGUGUUCGUCUAUACUGGAUUAUCAGUACUUCUGGGCUCACUCAGUGGAUGGAGCUAGGAAAUAUGUAGAAAGAGGAAGAUGAAUCAUAAGCUCAUAUUGAUAUUUCCAGUAUGUAUUAAAGAUUAUAGGAUUUCACUUUUUUGAUUUUCUUUUGUAUCUUCCCUUGAGUGCUUACUAACUCAUGAACAUAAAUAUUUAUUAUAUUUAUUCUAUAAUAAAUCAUAAUAGUUCCAAAGUAACAAUAACAGCAACAAGCCCACUGAGAGUUUAAAACAUGCUUGUGACUAUAUUCUCUUCCUUUACUUUCAAGUCAUCAGAAUCCUGUAUUUCAGGGUCACCUGGAACAAUUCUCAAUGUGAUUAUACCACAAAUAUAGGGCUGGGUUCAUUUGUUUUAUUUUCUACUUUUAGGAAUCACUUCAUUUUUAUUUUUCUUGAUUCCAUUUUGUUUUUUAAUUGUAUAAAACAGCUAUAUAUUUCUUAAGUUAAAAUCAUUGAUACAAAAUUACUUUUAGGGAGCUCUGGCUUCUGUUCCUAUUCCUGUCCAUUUUCUCCCUUUCCUCAUAACCUUUUUUAUUAGAUUUUAUUUUAUCCUUCCAGUGUUUAUUUUUUGGAACCAAAACCGUAUGUGUACAUAUUCCUUUUUCUCCUCACAUGUUACAGAAAAGGAAGCACACAGUGUGCACUCUGUAACACCUGCUUAACUUUUCUUUAGUAGAUAAUACAUCCCAGACCCACUGCAUUGCAGGCUAGAGAGCUUGUCCUCACUACUUUACAGCUGAUUGUGUUCAUUCAACCAGGUGUCCUGUUGGUGGACACGUGGAUUCUGUUCUUCUGCGAUGUAUGUAUGCAGUGACUGGUCUUGUGCAUUUCACUUCUUAUUUUUGCCAGUGUAACUUUGGAGUAUUUUUCUAGAAUGGGAUUGCCAGGUAAAAGGGUAAACACCUGUGUAACUCUGCUAGCUGUUACCAAAUUCCUCUUCAUAAAGGCCGUAUUUUUUCUAAUUCCCACCAGCAAUGAGGCUUUCUCCACAGCCUCACCAACAGAGUAUGUUGUCAGACUUUCGGAUUUCUGCCAGUCUGAUGAUGAAAAAUGAUGUCUCAGUGUAGUUUUAAUUUACAUUUUUCCAUGUGAGCAUAGUUAUCUUUUCAUACGCUUAUUUUUGCAUUUGUUUAAAAGUGAACUGUCCAUAUCUUUUGCCACUAUUUCUGUCAGUAUCAAGUUGUUGGUCUUCAUCCUCUCCAUUUUUAGAAGCUCUUUUUUUCUUUUGGCUGUGCCACGUGGCUUGUGGGAUCUUAGUUCCCCAACCAGGGGUCAAACCCACGCCCCCUGCAGUGGAAGUGCGGAGUCCUGACCACUGGACUGCCAGGAAGUUCCCUAGAAGCUCUUUUUAUAGGUUUCCCAGUUUGGCAUUUGUCUUUUUGUUCUGCUUAUGGUAUAACAAUUUCUUGUUUUGUCAUGAAGAUAGUUUUUAGUUUUAUAAUGUAUCUUUUUUAUUACUUCUGAAUUUUAAGUGAUAGUUAAGAAAGUUUUACUGUAUCCAAGUGUAUAAAGAAAUUCACCCAUGUUUUCUUUUAAUGCUUGAAUGGAUUUUUUUACAUUUAGGUGUUGAUCCAUUUGGAAUUUAUUCAGCUAAAAAACAUGAGAAAUAGAUCCAGUUUUAUCUUUUUUCCAAAUGACUGGUUGGUUGCCAUCACUUAUUUCUUUAAAAAAAAAAUCCACCUUUCCCCAUUUAUUUGAUACCCCUUUAUCAUUAAAUUUUCAUAUGCACUUGAGUUAUAUGCAUUGGGUCUCUCUCUGAAUUUUCCAUCCUAUUUCACUGUUCUGUUUAUUCACAUGCCAAUAGCUUUCUGUUUUAUUAAUAGGGUUUUCCUGGCUAUUCUUGCUUAUUUAUUUUAAAAAAUGUACUUUAUUUAUCAUCUUGUCUAGCUCCAUCCACCAAAACAAAAACAAAAACAUUCGUGGUAUUUUUAUUGAGAUUCCCACUCAUAGAUUAACUCAGGACAAAUGGGCCACCCCAUUGGGACCCCUUCUCCUAUGGCUUCCAUGUGUUCUAGGUGCCUGUCUGUGCCCUCAGGCUCCCUGAGUCUGCACCCAGAGGUCUCCUUCCCGGUUCCAAGCUCCCCUGCCCUGCCCAUACCCCUCCCUUGUCACUGGUGCUCCUUCUGCAUCCUCCCUGUGAGCCCCUUGCCCUCCGCCCACCCUUAGCAUAGCUUCUCACUCUCCUGCCUGGGGCACCUUCGUUCCAUGUCGAUGGCUUCAGCGACCGCUAGUGACCUGCAGGUCAGUACCUUUAGCCCAGGUGUCUGCACAACCAGUGCCUCAUGACUUUCCUCAGAUGCCAUGUGUCCAAAACUGAGCUUCAUCGUUUUCUCAGCCCUUUGUUUCUUCUGGAUGGGACCACUGUUCAUCCCAGUGCCCAGUGUAGCUCACCUUAGAUUCUUUCCUCUCUGCCGGCCCCCACAUACCCUGGUCCCUCAGUUCUGCCUCCUGGAUGACAUUCCCCAUGCCCUUUAGCGCUCACUGGAGAGCACCUCCCUGCAGCCUGCUAACCAGCUGUCUCGGCAUCUCUCCCUUCCACUUGGCCCUCCAGGGCCACACGGGACACUAGCCGCCCCACCCCCACACAUGCUUGGGCUGCUUGGCGCCUUGGAGCAGAUGGGCCGAGCUUCUCCUGAGAGAGAGAGCUUUUCACUGUCGGGCUCCCCACCUCGCUUCUUGUGCACACAGAGACAGACACAUCACCUUCUCUCUCCACCAUACUUCCCACUUCAGGGAUUUGGGACAUUUCUGUUUUCCCCGAGAGCUGUACUCUCUCCCCCAGGAGCCUUCACGUGUCUGCACCCUCCGGUUACCUGAGUUAGCUGCUCUCCCAUGGGCAUGGCCAGCAGUUGUCUGCACUCCUGCAAAGCUCUGCCCCCCUGGCUUGGUGACUGGAGGGUGACUGCACGUUUUGUAUGCUCUGGGCUAUAAGCCCCUGGAGGGGGGCAGGGGUUGGCUUUUUAUCACCUGCUUAGUGCAGCACUUGACAAGGUAUUCAGUAGCUGCCUACUAAGUACUUGGUAGAUGCACGUGUAACAGACUUACAAGCUAAAAAAAUUCUGACUAGUCUGUGACAUGGAAUGAAUUGGCUAAACUCGUAAAUCACACACCGGCCCUUACAUCUCUGGUUGUAAGGCUAACUCCUGCCUUGGCCUUCAAGUUAACCUUCCGUGGGCUGCAUCCAGGCAUCGUCACAGGUGCCUCUGUAUCCUGGGAGAGUCACGUCCUUUCUCAGCACAGUGACAGAACUGCUCUGAGGAGUGAAGGAAAUAAGUGCCUGGCUCAGGAACAUUUCCAUGCCCUAUGGUAGCUGCAUUCUAUUGAGAGUCACACUCAGACUAGUUGGGCAGGAGUGGAUGAAGCCAUGUGUGACCCUUUGCUUUAGAAGCAGACCCCAUUCUUUGUUUGUUUGUUUUUUUAACAUCUUUAUUGGAGUAUAAUUGCUUUACAAUGGUGUGUUAGUUUCUGCCCCAUAACAAAGCGAAUCAGCCA